UGACGCAUGCGCAGAGCACUGCUCUGUUUUUUAUUAACUUUUCCAUUUAUUUUCCAAAGGCGAGCAGGCGGAAAAUAACCCGGUUAGCGGUUAACUUAUUAUUAAACCCAUUCUGGUUGCCUCUCCACCCGCGGGGAUCGAACCUACUUCCGCUCUAGUAGCUGUAAUAGACGGGCAGUUCGUACAUGUGACUCGCUCUUGCUUCACACCAGCCGGUUUCGUUCGCCUCUUUCCUUCGCUCUUGGCUCUUCCUCUGUUGCAAAGAAGCGCAACCCUCUUCUAAUCGUUCCCUUUCACCUCAUUCUUGGUACUAGGAGAACAGCCAUGCUUGCUCAGGGCAGAAAAAUUUUCUCUGGACUUUCUGUCUACUGGAAGCCUCUCUUCAAAGGCCGCCUCCUGCUCGUAACCAACACGGUCAGCUGUGGUGGACUUCUAGCUGCAGGAGACGCACUUCGCCAAUCCUGGGAGAUAAAGAAGGACUCUAAACGGAAAUGGGAUCGUGUCCGGACAGCACGAAUGUUCACCAUCGGCUGCACUAUGGGCCCAAUGAUGCACUACUGGUACCUGUGGCUAGACAGGGCCUUCCCUGCUGCUGGCUUCAGCGGCAUCAGGACCGUCCUGAAAAAAGUUUUCAUUGAUCAGAUCGCUGCCUCCCCAGUCUUCGGGGUUUGGUAUUUCAUAGGGCUUGGAUCUUUAGAAGGACAGACUCUGGAGCAAAGCUGGCAUGAAUUGGAGGAGAACUUUUGGGAAUUCUACAAGAUGGACUGGUGUGUGUGGCCACCAACACAGCUGAUCAACUUUCUGUUCCUGCCACCCACGUAUCGAGUGAUUUACAUGAAUGUCAUCACUCUAGGAUGGGACACUUACCUAUCAUACCUUAAACAUCGUAAUAAAAAGCCAGUGCUCAGCCAGGACGAAGACUCUAAACCUUGCACUUCUGAGAUCCAGACUACUGGGUGAAAAGUGUGAAUAACCAAACUACUUUUUAAAAACUCGAAGCAAUCUAGCAUCUUUUUUUUUUUUGGAAAAAUACUAUUUGAAUUCUUCUAUGUGGGAAAUGGUGCCUGAAUGAGUCUGUUUUCUGCAAGCAAUUCUGAUUUUCCUUGUCAAAAACUCAGUAACAGGAACGAGACUGAAGGCUCAAAGCACUUUUCCUUUGACAGCCUGAAGCAGCAACCAACAUCCAGGAAGCAGAAGUGCUGCCCCUUAAAAGUGCCAAAUUAUAGAUUUUUCUAAUUUAUUUAUUUAUUAAUUUUGUAUCGCCUCAAUCUUAUGAUUUUGAAUGGUGUGCAAGAAUCCCAACAGUGAUCUUAAAAUCAAUCGUGUCGACAAAAACAGAGACAAAGAAAAUAUGCCCAUCUUCCUUCUCCGCUAAGUUUCAGAGGAAUCAGGAAAGUUUUCCAGAGCUUCCUAAAAGCCAAGAAUGAAGCAUCAAGUGUAUUUCCAGGGAAGGUUUAUUCCAUAGAGCAGCGUUUCUCAUGCUCAACAGCAUUAAGAUGAGUGGACUUCGACUCCUAGAAUUCCCCAGCCAGCAAUGAGAUGUGGCCAUAUUUGAGAAACGUUGAUUGUCUUCGGAUGGUUCAAAUUAGCAACUCAGUUCAUUCUUUGGAGGAUGAAUACAUCUAUUUUGGAAAUAAUAACUAUUUAGAUAACAGGAGAGUCAGACAAGCUAAGAAAUGGAGAAGUAAAUAAAAGCGGGAAAUUCCUUUUGGUACCUGGAAACCAGUAGUGAAAUAUAAAAUUUGUUACUACCGGUUCUGUGGGUGUGGCUUGGUGGGGGGGGGUGUAAUGUGACUGGGUGGGCAUGGGCAACUUUUUUUUUUUUUUUUACUUUUAAAAGCAUUUUUUCUACAACGUCUUCAGCCAAAGAGGUUGAUUAAAAAAUAAUUUUAAAAGGCUCUGACGAUCCCAGCUGAGCCGCGCGAUCAUCAGAGGCUUUUUUACUUUCAAAAGCAUAUUUUCAGCCGAAGAAAAGAUACUUUUAAAAGUAAAAAAAAAAAGCCUCUGAUGAUUGCGCGGCUCAGGUGGGCAUGGGGGGGGGGGCAAGGAUUUUUGCUACCAGUUCUCCGAACCACCUGCCGCCAUUGCUACGGGAUCAAGUGAUCCGGUCCAAACCGGGAGCAUUUCACCCCUGCUGUAAACUCACAGCAUCCUUUACAGAACAUGUUGCCAGAGGGGAUGGAUUUGGGCAGCCUAUACAUUUAAUGAAUAUAUCUUUAAAAAAUAACAAACAAGCUUGAGAGCAACUUCAUCCCACGAUUGUGUUGGAAGAUUAAAUAUGGGGAACUAGAUUGUGUCCUUAUUGUUAUGCUCACAAGCAGUGCCGCAGAAGAUAGAAUAAAAAAAGGCCUUAAAACCAAGAAUGAGUGACCAAAUGACUCUAAAGCAUGGGAAUUUUUCAAUUCCCUAUUUUUUCCUUCAGUGGAUUAGAGAAAUAUAUCAGGGAAAUGUUUGCUUAUGAUAUAUCCAGACUUUUAUUGAACUUAUUCUUCAUCUUAUCUCCUAUAUUUGCUGCAUAGGUAGAUCAAACUGCCAGGGGUGAUUGUGCGGGACAUUACGGUUGCAGUAAAUACGAUGAUAUCUAUGGAGAUUCUCAAUCAUGUCAAAAGUGCGUUUUCCAAAUGGCAACUGGACUUUCUUGGUGUUUUUUUUUUUUUAAACAUUUCGCUUCUCAUCCAAGAAUGAAGUAGCUUCUCGGAUGAGAAGUGAAAUGUUUUCAAAGUACUAAAACCAAGGAAGUCCAGUUGCCUUUUGGAAAAAGCUCCUUUGGGAUAAAUAUGCUGAUGUUACCUAGUUCUCUAUAUCUUGCCACUCAACAUCAGAGAAAUAGCACGGACCCAUGAAAAUGGCAGGAUCCUUGGUGCUCUCUGACUUUGGUGGUUUUCAUCAGUGGCCUGACGAUGUUAUCUAAUUUGGUAAUGAAAUGUCUGCAAGAAAACCAAGUUCAAAGAGCAUCAAUGACUCGGCAGUUUAACCCUGAACUACAAAUAUUCUCUUCUAUCGGUACACUUGAAGAUUGCUUACUCAGUAAUCGGCUGGAUGAGGGAGAAUAUAUUGAAAUGAUAUGCAGAGAAGAUGGGUGUGCUAUGGGUCACUGUUACAGUGACCCAUACUGUUACAGUAUUGUGAUUUGGACUGGGCUAGAUGGUGCUGCACUCCUUCCUAAAACAGCAGGUCCAUAGAUUAUGUGUGAUCCCCAGGAAAUUGUCCAGAGAAAUCAAUGGUAAAAGAUGCAUUUCCACAAUCAUGCUAAGCGUAUCAGUUGCAAUUGUUUGUUGGCCAGCUGGAUUGGGCUACAGUCAUCCACAUUUUUGUUGUAUUUCAUCUGAUGUACAGGUAGUCCUCAACUUACAACCAUUCAUUUAGUGACUGUUCCAAGUUAUAACGGCAUUGAAAAAAGCGACUUGAUGUUUUUCACAUUCACGAUCACUGCAGCAUCCCCAUGUCAUGUGAUCAAAAUUCAGAUGCUUGGCAACUGACUCAUAUUUUUGAGAUUUGCAGCGUCCCAGGUGUGUGUGUGUGUGUGUGUGUGUGUGUGUGUGUGUGUGUGUCAGGUGAUCCUCUUUUCUGACCUUCUGACAAACAAAGUCAACGGGGAAGCCAGAUUCACUUAACAACCGUGUUACUAUUUUAAGAACUGCAGCAAUUUACUUAACCGUUAAGUGAGCAUGGGGCAAAAUUCACUUAACUGUCUUGCUUAGCAGUGGAACUUCUAGUCUCCGUUAUGGUGGCAAGUCGAGGACUAUCUGUAUUUAGAGGCUACCUGAAAAAGUUCAUAAGAUUUUAAAGGUGAUUUUGUAAAUAGCCACCUGCAAGAUUCUCUGCUAUCAAUGAACAGAAAGUCUCUAAUGUAUUUGGGAAUAAAUGUUUUCUAAAUCAGAAAGUUUGAUUGCUGAUAUUAUUGUACCUGUCUCUUUCCUCUCAAUAAAUCUUAUUAAAGACUGUCA